AUGUCUUCAUUCACUACAAGGAAUAUGAGCAUCAACAUGAACAUAAUUCAGAUCUACGUCCCAACAAAUGAAGCCUCAAAUGAAGACAAGGAUGUUUUUUACAGCCUGCUCCUGGGUGUCAUCGACAAUCUUUCAAGGAAUGAUGCCAACAUCGUAAUGGGAGAUGCUAAUGCCAAGAUUGAUCAAGACAACGUAGGUUAUGAGGGAAUCAGGAGACAACAUGGCUUUGGACAAAUUAUGAAUGGGAACGGUGAACGAUUUGCAAAUAUCUGUGCUUUCAACAGUUUUGUCAUUGGAGGCUCUGUUUUUUCCCUCAAAAAGAUACUCAAAGUUGCAUGGGUAUCACAGGAUGGAGUGACGUUGAACCAGAUCAAUCAUUUUUGUAUCUCACAUAGGUUCAGUAGUUCUCUGGAAGAUGUCAAAGUACAAUGA